GAGGAAUCACUUCGAGAAUUUCUCUCCGGCGCCGGUGGAGCUCUAGCUCGCCGGCGUCGGGAACUCUCUUCCCGUUCUCGAUUCAUUUGCAAUCUCUUUCGAUCUCUUUGUAACCUUUUCAUCCUUCUAGCUUUUCUUUUUCGAAUUUGCUUUCCUCUCGAACUCUUUUUCUCCAUGCCUACCUUCUACGGUACUUCAGAGUUCCUUGACAGAACAUGGUGGUGGCUCCCGGCGAAUCAUCUCUUAGAUCUGCUCAGGUCGUUGGUAUUGAAGUUGGCAAAAGAGAAGCCUAUCGAAUCCAAAUGUUCUCCAAAAUUGAAACUCGAGCUUAGUCUCCAAUCCUCAUCUAAAUCCAUGGAGUUUAGAUGCUUCGUGACCCUCGUCGUUCACUGUCCUCACCGGAGCUCUCUGACGGCCACGUCAGAACCGGCGAUGAAGAUGGCGGCGGAAGGGUUCUCCCUAAGCCUAAUCCAGAUGUUGUUCUCCUCUCAUGGGCUUGACCCACGAUUUGGAAGUCAACUUUCAGGCCCAAGAAGCCUCCAGUCUAGGCCCAACUUAAAAAAUGAAGUUUCAGCUCCUCUACCAGACUGGGCCAGGUUUGCUUUUCUUAAUUUUCCUACAAGCCCACAAAAUUUAAUUUGUCUGCAGUUUGAACGGAUUGAAAGAGGACUUCAAUCUGUCUCUGUUUUGACAAAUCCUUUAGUCGGGUUCUGUACUCUUCUCAACGUUAACCUGGUUUUAAGCCCUCCUCGGCUUCUCGUGUUCGCAAAUAUAUUCCGGCCACUGCCCGAUGAAAUAUUUGCUAUGAAGGAGAAAAAAUUUGCAAUCUCAGCCUCAUCUCAAUCGAGGUUGAUAGUUUACUCCCGGUUUGGAAUUCAAGAAUACUUUAUGCCGGUUAAAGCCUUCAUCAAGACCAUGAUCAAUCAGCUCACUUUCGCCCCUUCCCCCCAAUCUCGGAUCCAGCUCUCAUAUCAAGAGUCUUAUCCAAGGGAUACCGAAUCUCAAGCUUCCCGACUCUUAUCCGACCUUGAGGGUCACCCCAAUCCUUGCUUUUCAUCUAGAGGCGGAGGAGGAAGGGAGAGGAUGAUGAAGGAAGACGCCAGAGGAAGGAAUCCGCCGUCGCGGCAUCUUUGGGUUGGUAACCUUCCUCAUGGGAUACCGGAACGAGAAUUAGCCGACCGGUUCUUAAGGUUUGGUGAAUUGGAGAGCUUAGCAUUUCAGCCUGGACGAAGCUAUGCAUUCGUUAAUUUUAAACACGACGAAGAUGCGUUUGCGGCGAUUGAGUCGCUUCAAGGCUUCCCACUCUCUGGAAACCCACUUAGGAUCGAGUUUGCUAAGGCGGAAAAGUCAUCAACUGGAUCACGCACAGAAGAUAUAUUUCGCCAUGAUGAACAGCGGUCUGCAGCAAGAGGGUCUUCUUUUGUCCAAAAGGACUCCAGGAUGCUUUAUGAGAGCCCAGACACAUAUAGCAAAUCAAAAAUGAAUGAUAGAAAUGCAGAACCCAGUGAGGUACUAUAUAUAGGGUUUCCGGCUUCGUUGAAAGUAGAUGAUGCGCUCUUGAGGAACGUCUUUUCUUCGUUUGGAGAAAUAACCAAGGUCACGGUAUUCCCCGGCCGCAGUUAUGCAUUUGUUCAAUUCCGAAAUCUGAUGGCAGCUUGUAAGGCGAAAGAAACUCUUCAGGGAAAGUUGUUUGGCAAUCCUCGAGUGCAUAUUUGUUUUGCAAAGAGUGAACCUUCCUCAUCUAGCAGUGGAAGGGGUCCAUCGAGUAGAUCACUCUCUCCGCCUUACAGAUCUGUUGAUCGACUGGGAUCUUCAGAAGGUUAUCUUCAGGAUAGAAAUUAUGGAAGCAUCAGCAGAAUUCCCAGUGUGAGGGAACCACAUUACAUAGCAGAUAGGGAUUUGGAAGAUUCUGAAGAUUACAUGUUUGACAGGAAACGAGUCUCAAGGAACGAUGGAGGUCCUGCAUAUGGAAGGUCGAGAUCUACACAUAGAUUUCCUCAGGAUAUGCAUGAAUAUCAUGGUAGUCCUAGGGAAAUGGGUUCGGCAUUCCGUGAUGAUCCUCACAGAUUCCAGUCAAGGAGUUCAGUGUAUGAAGAGCCAUGGGAUUUACCCGAAGAUGACUACUACUACCAGGAAACCAAGAGACAGAAGUCAAGAUCCGUGCAGCCUGAGAGGCAGCUCCCAGGGCAUCAGCUAUCUGGUAUAGAGCAAGAAAGACGCCCUUUUUCAAGGGCAUCUGCUGAUUUUUCCCCAAAAGAUGCAUUCGAGCGGAACUAUGAGGCUGGACAGCUACGAUACAAGCAAACAGUUGAGCAGCCGUUAAACCUGGCUAUAAGGAACGGGGACAAGAGUAGCUUACGAGAACCACAUGACGAGUUAAUGGGAGGUUAUGCUCUGCCAUCAAUUGUCCCUGAAAGAAAAAGGCACACCCCUGAACUGAAUCGACCAUCACUAAAGGACUGGAACUGGGAAGGGACUAUUGCAAAGGGAGGGAAUCCCAUUUGUCGAGCUAAAUGCUUUCCUGUGGGCAAAGUGAUGGACAUGAUGCUGCCUGAGUAUGUAGAUUGCACGGCAAGAACUGGUUUAGACAUGCUGGCCAAGCAUUACUACCAAUCAUCUAAAGCAUGGGUGGUUUUCUUUGUUCCUGGAAGUGAUGCUGAUAUUGUGUUUUAUAAUGAGUUUAUGCAUUAUCUGGAGGAGAAGCAACGUGCAGCUGUUUCUAAAUUGGAUGACACAACAACAUUGUUCCUCGUGCCUCCAUCUGAUUUCUCCGAGAAAGUACUUAAAGUUCCUGGGAAACUUAGCAUCUCUGGAGUUAUUCUACGUUUAGAAUGUGGUGGUUCUGGAUCUGGGCCUGUCCAACAGCAAGGUGAGAGAAAAGAUCCAGACUUGUUAACCUAUUAUGCUGAAACAUCAUAUGCAGAAGCUAGCGGAGCUUUUCCUGAUGUUGGAAACCCACGUAUUCCGGGUCCAACAGCAUUUUUGCGUAGUGCGGGUCGUGAUGGUCAAAGUGCAUCUUUGGAUCCAUACAUUGAGAGCAAGCAUGAUCAGUUGAGUCACAGGUAUUCUGGAUCGGACUGGCCGCCUCGUGAUACCAACCCCAGAAGUUCACAGAUGCAACCCUUCAUAGAUAAAAAUACUGUUCAAGAACAUAGCGGGUUUGUUCCUGGGAAGCAGCAAAAUGCAGAUCUUAGUCGUUAUCAUGAUACGGAUGCUCCAGCCCCAUCGGGGUUUCAGCCUGAACAGCUGACACAUUUAGCUUCCUCGCUGCCCAGACAGCAAAAGCAUGUACAGAACACUCCAAAUCAGCCUGAGAGAUAUGCACCAGAAGGCCGAGCAAGUUUCAGCCAUUUGCAACACGCGCAGACACCAAGCAUACCUCAAUUAGUAUCUCCAGGAAAUCAAAAUGUACAGAUACAAGGUAGCAAUAGCCAACAAGAAGAAGAAACAGAGGCUAAUCCACAGAAGCGUCUCCAAGCAACAUUGCAGCUAGCAGCUGCACUUCUCCAGCAGAUUCAACAAGCUAAACCGAGUUAAAGAUGGCUUCGUAAAGAGAUCGUUUCAUGUUUUUAACUGUAUUAAUUGGGAUGAGCCCUGGCCUGAUCUACAGAUUAACAAGUAUGAGAUUAUUACAUUCUUUCUUGCUGGUCGAUAUAAAGAAGAAAUAGCGCU